AUGGCCACAGACACGACUGAAACCUCGCACACUCGUCCUCAAAUGGACUACGACACGAAGAUUUUCCCUCACUCCGGCGGCUAUGGACGCUAUAACCGACUCGUGGUCGUAUUUAGCUGGUUCCCCAACUUCGCGGUCAUGCUGAAUCUAAUCAGCGACGUUUUUUACACCCUAAUCCCGGACACGUACCACUGCAAGCCGGACCCGCAGCUUCUGCCCUCCACUUUCCUCCUCAGCAACUUCUCCAGACAGGGAUACCUCAACCUCACCAUCCCCUGGGUGAACGGCACCGGCCUCAGCCACUGCGAACUCUUCAAGUACCCACCCAACACCUCCGACCUCUCCGAAAAUGUGCCCAGGGAGAGGGUGUCCUGCACCAGGGGGUGGGAGUUCGCCCAUGCAGCGGGGCUCCAGAGCAACUUUGUCACUGAGUGGAACCUGGUUUGCAGUGACUACUGGAAAAUCCCUUUGCAGCAUAUCUGCUUCAUGACAGGGUGGAUUCUGGGAUACAUCUUCCUUGGUACAUUGUGCGACUGGUUGGGUCGUCGACGAGGUUUCCUCUUCUCCAUUAGUCUGGCCAGUCUGUUGGGGGUUGCCGUGUGUUUGUCCGGCAGCGCUGUGGUGUUUCUUCUGCUGCGUCUGUCUCAAGGCGCCAUGCUCGCUGGGGUGUUUGUGUCCUCGUACAUCAUCAGGUUGGAGCUGUGUGACCCUCCCCAUCGUCUCAUGGUCGCCAUGGUCAGCGGCUUCUUUGCCGUGUUUGCAGAGCUGCUGUUGCCGGGCAUCGCUGUGCUGUGCCGCGAUUGGCCCGUUCUCCAGGCUGUGGCCACUUUGCCUCUGCUCCUGCUGCUUUCCUAUUGGUGCUGUGCGUCAGUGUUUCCUGAGUCUCCUCGCUGGCUGCUCGCCACAGCUCAGAUCCCUCAGGUGAAGAGGAGCCUCCAAGAAUUCUCCACCAGGAAUGGUGUUUGUCUGCGAGAUGAAAUCUACCCUGGUGAAACCCUGCUCUCAGACAUAGAUACAGCAUACGGAGAGGACUGUCGACCAAGGUACCAUUCAGUUCUAGAGCUGCGUCAGACUCGUAUUAUCUGGAAGAACUGCCUCAUCCUCAGCUUCACUCUGUUCAUUGGAACAGGCAUCCAAUACUGUUUCACCAGAAACUUGCACAGUUAUUCCACCAACUUCUACUUCAGCUACUUUCUCAGAGUGAUAACUGGAGCUCUGGCCUGCAUCUUCAUCUGUUUGACUGUCAAUCACUUUGGUCGGCGUGGUAUUCUUCUAUUUUCGGCCAUCAUCACUGGGCUGUCGUCACUGCUGCUUCUGGCCCUCACUCAGUACCUGCAUGGAGGCCUGGUGUUGGUGCUCUCCGUCGUGGGUCUGCUGUUUUCUCAGGCUCUCGCCAUGCUCAGUGUGUUCUUUGCCUGUGAGGUGAUGCCAACUGUAGUUCGAGGUGGUUGCCUCGGCCUGGUGCUGGCAGCAGGUUGUGUUGGCAUGGCCGCCUCCUCCCUGAUGGAGCUCCAGAAUAACAGUGGCUACUUCCUCCACCAUGUCAUCUUCGCCUCCUUCGCUGUCCUCUCCGUUCUCUGCAUAAUGCUCCUACCUGAAAGCAAACGCAAGCCACUCCCAAACUCCCUGAAAGAGGGCGAGAGCCAGCGACGACCGCCUCUCUUCCUGUCCAGGCCUGACAGGGACAACCUGCCUUUACUGCGCACCAGGCCCCCUUUGUCGGAGUACAACCCUGAUAACUAUUCCCGCUUGGUUUCUGCCACCAGGAGGAUGUUGACUAAAGAUACUUUGCCUUAUAGGAUCGCUGUGCCAACUCAUUCCCCUCUGCUGUCAGACAGUGAAACACAGGGACAAGAGAAUGAGACACCGAGAGAGGUCACAUCUUAGGAAUCUCCUCUUCUUUACAGACUUGGAUUAUCCCUUUUCCUUCUACACAUACCUCUGACAGUCUACCAUCCUUCAUUGGGUUAUUGUCUGAGUCACUGGCUAGUCAUAACUCAGCUGAAGAACUGGCCUCGGCUUGGAUGCAGUGCACUUUAGAUCGACAGCUCCAAGUCUGUCAAUUUUCAGCUGUAUAUAAAUCUUUGUUAUAUUUUACACUUGAAGCUGUUACUGUGCGGUGGUAUUUCCUCUUGUGGAUCCAGGUAAUGCAUUUAAAACCAGUGGCUUUCCUUGACUUUUUUCUUUUUGGUCAUCCAACUUUAUGUGAGGGCUAGAAAAGUCCUCUUUGAACUGUGACAUUGCAUGUUCUGUCUGUGUGGAGGCAUUCAAACCAGAUUCUUAGACAUUAGUUUCACCAGCGAAGCUGGCUCAACCGUGCAGCUGCUGGUGAUCAUGUGAGCAGCAGCCCUUUGUCCAUUUAUUAGUAACUCGUGCACUUUUCAUUAAGUAUUUUCAUCUGAUUCACCAGCAGUGUCUGAGAGGAGCCCAAGGAGCACCAUUGACGCACAAGACUAGCUCAAGCUGUUGUUGAGGAAGUCUUGUGUUGUUAUAUUUGUGAAGCACACAAGAGGGCACUAAUGAUGCACUGAUCACUGAGUUAAGGAAACACUGUGGUUAUCUGUGUGGAAUAUGAACACCAGAUACAAACCAGUUGAUGGGGAAUUCUGUCUUUGGCUGAUGAGUUGGUUCAUUCUAUAAACCACUUGAUUAAUUUACCAACUAUUUAAAAAGGUGCUCUUUUUUUAAAUGUAGUUUCUCUUCAAACACUGAACUUGCAAAUUUACAAACCACUGUAGAUGGCAGAUGAAAAGUGAAAACUAUCUCAGUCUUGUGACUAUGAAUUGUGUCCUUGGAGUUAAACAUGACUCACUGGAGUACUGUGGUUUCAAUGCUUCAGAAUUUAAUAGAGCCACUCUUAAAUGAGGAUCAUUAGAUAUUUCCACAAGGACUGCCAUAAACCUGAUUCUGUUUACAGGUUUCUCUGUAUUUAAUGUUAAAAAGUGAGGACAUUCUGCAUGUUAGUGCCUUUACAG